AUGGGUUCGGGUCCAAUAGAUCCCAAAGAGCUGCUCAAAGGCCUGGAUACCUUUCUUAACCGAGAUGGGGAAGUCAAGAGUGUAGAAGGGAUUUCCAAGAUUUUUAGUCUGAUGAAGGAAGCACGAAAGAUGGUGAGUUGGUGCACUUACUUGAACAUUGUCCUGCAGACCCGUUCACCGGAAAUAUUAGUCAAGUUUAUUGAUGUUGGUGGUUACAAGCUUCUUAACAAUUGGCUGACAUAUUCAAAGACAACCAAUAAUGUUCCCCUCUUGCAACAAAUUCUACUGACUCUGCAACACCUUCCGCUCACUGUGGAUCAUCUCAAGCAGAACAGCACGGCCAAGUUGGUGAAGCAGCUGAGCAAAUCAAGUGAGGAUGAAGAGCUUCGGAAAUUGGCCUCCGUCCUAGUCAGCGACUGGGUGGCUAUCAUCUACUCUCAGAGUAGUGCUCAGCCUGCCGAAAAAGAUAAGAAACGUAAAGUAGAGGGAAAGAGUCGAACCACUCCUCCUGAGCGACCUUUGACUGAGGUAAAGGCUGAGACUGGGACUGAAGAGGCCCCAGAGAAGAAGAAAGAAAAGCCCAGGUCUCUUCGAACCACAGCGCCCAGUCAUGCCAAGUUUCGUUCAACUGGGCUAGAGCUGGAGACACCAUCUUUGGUUCCUGUGACGAAGAAUGCCAACGCAAUGGUGGUUUCUGACAAGUACAACCUGAAGUCCAGCCCUCUUAAGCGGCAGAGCUCUGCAGCUGCUCCUGGAGAUGCUGUCCCUCCUGAAGAGAAGAAAUACAAGCCACUCAAUGUCACUCCCAAUGCCACCAAAGAGAUCAAAGUGAAGCUCAUCCCCCCACAACCUAUGGCAGGCCUGGGCUUUCUGGAUGCUCUCAAUUCAUCUGGGGAGGAAAGAAACCGAACAUACUCUUUACCCCUGAACUGCGAAAGAGGAGACCCAGUUGACUUCAGUUUUUGA